AUGGUCAAUUCCUUCCUCUCCAGGACUGCCAUAAACACCAAGUUUAUGGGAAAAGGAGCCCGCACAGACAUGCUGACUGUCCAGAUCAUGGACUGGAACAAAAGGAAGGUGAAAAACAUGUGCAAUACCUUAUGCUCCAGAUUUCAUAAGACACAAAGGGAUCUUCAGAGGGAGAGGCAGAACCUAGAGGCUAUCAAGGAGGACCUGUCUUUGAAUGAUGAGACUGUGCGGCAGUGGGUCACAGAUGUACAGGAUUGGGCUGAACAUGAUUCACCAGCUGGCAGCAGUGAUUCUCUCCUGGAAGUGAGGAGAAGAAUUGAGGAGAAUUCACUGGGCCUGAGACAACGUAGAGCCCGUCUCUACAGUCAUACAGACACCAACUCAGGACACUCUGUGAUUCGCAGCCGCAUGUGGAGGGAAAGGAACCAGCUUGAGGUCCAUGUGGCUCAGCACGACGAGAUGGUCCAGCCACAACAGCAAAUUGGCGCUGUUGAAAAUCUCUUAAAUGCUGGCUACAUCUUUCCGUGGCUGUUGCCGCCCAGUGAUGGCAUUGAUUUCCUUGCAAAAAAGAAGGUGUUUGACAAUGUCAUGCAUGUGAAAAGACUUGAGGAGGAGGUCAAAAUCCUUGCUACCGAAGUAAGGCAGCAUUGGGAGUACCUCAAGAAAAGGGAGCUUGACUUGAGUGGUCUUUUAACCAGCAUAGAGGGUAGCCACAGGAGUCUCUCCAAAGAAGGCCUUCAAGGUCUCCAGGGAGAGCUCAAGUGCAAAUUGUUUCAGCAGCGUUCUCAACUUGCCUUAGUGAGGCAAAAGUACUUGGAGCUAAUAAAGGCAGGGCUUCAAGGGUCAAUGCUGGACCUUGUUUGGGGGGAAGAGCCUGAAGAGUCUGAGGAGCAAGCUUUAAGAAGUGCUAAUGAAAGCUCCUCAGAUGAGGAGGAUAUUGACAUGCAGGGUCUUGACAGUGGACAGCAGAUUCCAGAGGAGGACGUUGUUGACCCUUAG